AUGGAAGCUGCUGCAACAUCAAAGGUCGAUGUGCUCAUUAUUGGAGCCGGCCCCGCAGGCCUCAUGCUCUCCCUUUGGAUGGCCAAGUUGGGUGUCAAGACGAGAAUCGUGGACAAGCGGACUGGCAAAAUCGUGUCCGGUCAAGCAGAUGGAUUUCAGUGUCGUACCCUAGAAAUUUUUGACAGCUUCGGUAUCGGACACAAAGUAUGGCACGAGGCAAACCAUAUGCAUGAGGUCAGUUUCUGGAACCCAGACGAGGAUGGCAAGAUUCGUCGCCACCACCGUGGUCCCAAUACUCAGCCGAAUCUUUCGCGAUUCACCGAGGCCGUGUUGCACCAAGGCCGCGUCGAGAGCAUCCUAAUCGAUACAAUCCGGGCCUCUGCCUCUCCUAAACACCCAUUGGUCGAGAUUGAGCGGAGCGUUAUGCCAACCUCGCUGCAUAUUGACGAGAGCUGUGUUGAUGACGAAGAUGCCUAUCCCGUAGAAGUGACCCUACGCCACUUGACUGAGGAAGAAGCCACCCCGACGCAAAGGUUAAGUAAUUUGCAGGACGGGCUGUAUAGGAGCAACCUAGCGGAAGACGAUACAGAGAGGCUGCUUGCGAAUACUGCCGGGGUUGGAAGAGAGGAGAAAGUUCAAGCCAAGUAUGUGGUUGGAUGUGAUGGAGCACAUUCAUGGGUGAGAAAGACGCUUGGUGAAGAGUACCAGAUGAAGGGUGAAUCAACUGAUGCUAUUUGGGGAGUACUGGACAUUAUUCCCAUCACAGACUUCCCGGACAUUAGAAGCAGGUGCAUGAUACACAGCGCCGAAUUCGGAGCCAUGAUGAUCAUUCCGAGAGAAAACAAGCUUGUCAGAGUGUACACCCAACUCAAACAAGUAUCCACGGGCACAGGACGCGUUGACAGAUCACAAAUUACCCCAGAUGUCAUCUUGGAGACAGCAAGAAAGAUUCUGAGCCCUUACACUCUUGACUACCACUACAUUGAUUGGUGGACAGCAUAUCAAAUUGGGCAACGAGUCGGCGAUCGUUUUAGCAAACACAACCGUGUUUUCCUUACAGGAGAUGCGGUGCAUACACAUUCACCCAAGGCCGGCCAAGGCAUGAACGUUUCCAUGGGAGACACAUACAACCUUGGCUGGAAACUCGGCCUCGUGUGUAAGAAGUUGCUACAGCCGCACGUCCUUGAUACGUACGAGUUGGAACGGAGGCAGAUUGCUCGGCAGCUCAUCGCCUUUGAUCAAAAGUUCUCCAAGCUCUUCUCAGGGAGGCCGGCCAAGGAUGCCUCUGACGAGGCGGGAUCUUCCAUGAGUGAAUUUCAACAGGCAUUCCGAGAGGCACAAUUGUUCAUCACAGGUGUCGGCAUCCACUAUCAACCCAGCAUUCUUACAUCCGACAGUGAUUUGAAAGGAGGCUUGCAAGGCACUGAGACACCGUCUCAAAGCCAGGUCACAAGCCUAGCCGAAUCUGCCGCGCAUUGCCAGCCGGGCAGACGCUUUGCGUCGCAAAUUGUGCUGUCACAGGCAGACGCCCGGCCAUGGGAGCUGCAGCUGCAUCUGCCGUCCAAUGGCCGCUUCCGCGUCGUCGUAUUCGGUGGUGACAUCUCGCAAGCCACGCAGCUGGCCACAGUCAACAAGCUUGGCGGCUGGCUCCAGGCCAAUUGGAUGACGGAUGAGGACCCGUCCAUUGUCGACGUGCUGCUGGUACACUCGGGGCCACGAGACAAGAUUGAGCUGCUGCAGGAUCUGCAUGAGGUCUUCCAUCCUUUCGAUAAGAAGCUGGGCUGGGACUAUGGCAAGGUGUUUGCCGACGACCAUGGCAAGGCGCACAAGCACUAUGGCGUUGAUCCAGACAGGGGGGCCGUUGUAGCGGUGCGUCCUGACGGUUACAUUGGUCUGGUGACGGGACUGGAGGCGGAAGAUGGUUGGACGCGGCUGCAGGCCUGGUUUGGCGGGUUGCUGAGGCCAAGUCCAAGCUCAAGCUAAAUGAAGGCGGAGAUCCCUGAGAUGGAGGAGAGAGGAAGCCGGGAUGGAUCCGCACUUGUGAGAUCCCAACUGAAAUCUAUGGCGGUGGAGGUUGAAGUGAUCUCUGGCUGCAGGUGCUGCUGCAGGGAGAAGAUUUGUAGUGACCUACCGGUUUACAGGUGAUUUAUGUACAGUGGAAUGGCGCUAGCCUGCGCCGGCCGUUUCGUAGGGAUCCGGACUCGACUCGAUCAAUGAAACAGCAAACAGGCGGCUGAGGUGCUGGAUGGAUGCGAGAUGCGCUGUACUUUCGCAGUUUUGUUCAGGUAUGGGGGCGUUAUUGAAUUGAUCUGAAUAGAAUGAAAUGGACCGUGAAAUCUUCCGC